UAUUUAAUUUCAACUCAAACAACUACAUGUAUCCUUUGGUAAAAGAAAGUGAUGUUUUGUUUUGUUUUUUUCUCCUAUCCCUGCCCGGGUACUGAUCAUGUGGGGGUGGUUCCCAGUCCUGUUGACUAUAGCAGGUCCAGUCAUUUCCUGGGAUCAAACUCUGAGUUGUUGUUGACCGGCACAGGAUCAAUGUCUCAAAGGUUGAUGUGGUGUUUGAGUGUUCUGCAGGACACUGACCUGAAUUCAGCUGAAACUGCACACAUUUGAACACACGACCAACUGCUCAGAAUGAGGGCUACUCAUUGGCUUUUAGUUUUGGCUUUCCUCCCCUCGAUCGUGCUGGCUCAGCAUGUGGACAUCUGCAACGCCAAACCCAAGGACCUUCCUCUCGAACCACGUUGCAGCUACCGCAGCCCCGAUUUGGAGACCCCCGAGGACCACACGCCAGAGCCCAAGGUGGUUCCAGAGUCUACCAACCCAAGGGUGUGGGAGCUGUCCAAGGCCAACAGUCACUUCGCCCUGUCGUUCUACAAACACCUGGCUGUCAGCAGGAAAACCGAGGAGAACAUCUUCAUGUCGCCCAUCAGCAUCUCCACCGCCUUUGCCAUGACCAAGUUGGGAGCCUGCAACCGAACUCUGGAGCAGAUCAUGAAGGUCUUUCAGUUUGACACCAUCAAGGAGAAGACGUCUGAUCAGGUUCAUUUUUUCUUCGCCAAACUGAACUGCCGAUUGUACAGAAAGAAAGACGAAACCACAGAGUUGGUCUCUGCCAACCGGCUGUUUGGAGAGAAAUCGCUGUUUUUCAACGAGACGUUCCAGAACAUCACUGAGAUGGUGUAUGGAGCCAAACUACUGCCACUCAACUUCAAGAUGUAUCCAGAGCAGGCCCGGAUCACCAUCAACGACUGGAUCUCCAACAAGACGGAGAACCGGAUCAAAGACACUCUGCCAUCAGGAGUGCUGGAUUCCAACACGGUUCUGGUUCUUGUCAACACCAUCUACUUCAAGGGUCAGUGGAAGAAAAAGUUCGACAAGAAAGCUGUGUUCUCCUCAGAUUUCCAAGUCAGCAGCAGUCACAACUGCCAGGUCAACAUGAUGUUCCAGGAGUCCAAGUUCAAAUAUAAAUACUUUCCCGAUGAUGAGGUGCAGGUGCUGGAGAUGCCGUACAUAGGCGAUGACAUCACUAUGGUGAUAAUCCUCCCCAGUAGAAACACACCGCUAAAUCAGGUGGAGGAGAGCCUGAAUUUGAAGAAACUGAACAACUGGUUGGAUCAGAUGACGGAGACCUCCGUCUCCGUGUCCAUCCCUCGCUUCAAGGUGGAGGACAAGUUCAACCUGAAGGAGGUGCUGCAGGAGAUUGGACUGACCGACCUGUUCAGCGCUGAAAACGCCAGCCUUCCAGGGAUCCUGGAGGACGACUCUGAUGGGCUCUUCAUCUCCGAUGCCUACCACAAAGCCUUUUUGGAGGUCAAUGAAGAGGGCAGUGAGGCGGCGGCUGCCACCGUCGUGCUUGCUGUCGGACGCUCCUUCAACCCUUACCGCGAGGUCUUUCAGGCCGAUCGGCCUUUCCUGCUCUUCAUCAGAGAGUCGACCAUCAACACGCUGCUGUUCAGCGGCCGGGUGGUCAACCCCUGUGAUCAGUAAAUCCCACUAACAGACACUUCAGCCAGCAUCACUACGUGAUCACCUGUAAAAAGGUACAGGACAGCUGAAAAGAAGUUUAAAAAAAAAAGAAAAUAUAGAGUGUAAAGGAAUUCUGUGCAAGAUGAUACAGAGAAAGAUUGAAGAUACAUCUAGAAAGUAGAAAAGCUGAAUAAAAGCUGAAAUAACAUUGA